CUGCGUCUCUGAUUGGUUGUGAAGCCCCAACCGACAACACCUGCUUAACUCCUUCAUCCAAAUUGACACCCGGGGCUCUGAGAAAUAUAGGCAGCAUCCCUUCCAGCUCAUGCAUUCAGACCCACAGCUGCCCCCAUAAGACAGCGAGCCGCAGCUGCGCUGAGUGCUGAUCCAAGGUGAACCCUCACACACACUCGCACACACUUGCACACUGCUGGGAUCUUUGCUGGGAGUCGAGGUGCGCUGACAGAGACGCGAUGUUGGUGAAGCUGGCCGUGGCGCUGCUGGUUUUGUCAGUGCUGGAGCAAGUAGUGGGAUCGGAUAAUAUUGAUCUCCAUGACACCCUCCCGGAGAAGCCUGCGAGCCAGAAAGGACGCCUCUCCCUGCAGAACACUGCUGAGAUCCAGCACUGCCUGGUGAGUGCAGGGGAUGUCGGCUGUGGUGUGUUUGAGUGCUUUGAGAAUAACUCCUGCGAGAUACGAGGGCUACAGGAAAUCUGCAUGACGUUCCUGCACAACGCUGGCAAAUUUGACUCUCAGGGGAAGUCCUUCAUCAAGGAUGCUCUGAAGUGUAUGGCACAUGGGCUCCGGCACAAGUUCAGCUGUAUCAGCAGGAAGUGUGUGUCCAUUAAAGAGAUGGUAUUCCAACUCCAGCGAGAGUGUUACAUCAAACACAACCUGUGCUCCGCUGCAAAGGAGAAUGUGGCCGUCAUGGUGGAGAUGAUCCAUUUCCAAGAUCUCUUCCCUAAAGGUCCAUAUGUGGAGCUAGUGAACAUCCUUCUGAGCUGCGGCGAGGAGGUGAAAGAGGCGUUGACUCGGAGUGUGCGGCUUCAGUGUGAGCAGAACUGGGGGGCUCUGUGUGACAGCCUGAGCCUUUGCUCCUCCCUCGCCCCGUCUCCUGCUGGUUCCCCCGUCGAACACCACCGCCGCCCUUCAUCCCCCCACCCUGAGCCGGAGCACCCUCGCCCGCCACGGCAAGGAGAAAAGGAAAAACCUGCUAAAGCGGGCUUCAACGCUCACCCACGCAAUCGCAGUCAGGGACCCCGCCGCCAGAGCCUUGAUGCCGGGAUUGUGGCCGAGCAGGAAGACCCCGAGGCCACCGACAUCCGGAGGUGAAAGUGCAGGAGACUGUCCUGACCGUUGACCCCUCACUACGUUUAAAAACCACACUUGCAGACUUAUGCACACAUACACACAUACACACACACUUCUCUACACACACACACACAGAUUCCCAGACAGACUGAGCAGAAGGAAACAAGCCCCAACCUUUCCUGUUCUUAUUCCACCCUCUCCAGUCAUUCCAGCAGUCCCACAUGGUAAACUUGCAGGGUAAAUGUGGUGUAGCUCGUACUGUUAUGCCAGACUGUAGGCCACACUUUUUUAAAAAGAAAUAAUAAUUGUUGUUAUCAUGAUUAUUUCAACUGUUAGGACUAUUUUGGCUCUAACAUAGCAUUUCUCAAAUCAUACUUACUGUAAGAUUUGAUUAUAUUUGUAUUAUUUAUUUUAUUCUUUAUGCAAUGUCAAAAUAUCAAAAUGUACAUAGAAAUAUACUAUCUAUAUUUAUAUAAACAUGUAUGAAUAUAGCUACAAUAUGCAAUACUGAUAUACUAUAGCUGAUAGUAUAUGGUGUGCUGUCUGCUCUCUUCACAGUAUUGCACCCAUCACACAUUGGUCUGUAGAUAUGUAACAUACACCGUUUGUUGUUUCAGAGUGGGAAUGUGUGUUAUAAUUAUAGAUACUUGAUGAUUAAAUACAAAUUGUACAGGUUUCAAGUCCACUUCUGGCACAUAUGAAAUGUAGUGCAUGAUGGCCACAAAGCCGACAGAUUUGUGCAUUCUUAAAGUGAGAGGAUGCAAAUGUAAUACUAUGAACAUGGAUGGUUAUUUCACACGUGUAUUGUAUGGAUAAGGCUCUCUCAAAGCUCGAAACAAGAGAGCAAAGACUGAUCUCUGAUGUCACCUAGCACUGCUGUCUGGGCUGUUUUAAUGGGAGACUAACCUUGCAGGCAGUUUUAAGGACUCUUUUUGUUUCAUAAGUAUUCAUGCAACUCAAGACAUGCAUCUUACUUUGGAUGCAGAAGGUAUCACAUCACUCCUAUUCAUUGUUCAUAAAGCUUUGGGAGCUGUAUCUCUAUGACAUUACACAUUAAUGUCAUGUUUAUAGCUUCAGGAGACAUGAUUGUUCUUGUUCACAGAUGAUAACUGAACUGUCAGAUGCUAUUCAUUCUCUCUUCACUUGGUUUUUGAUGUAAGUUUAAGCUGGCUGUGAACUGCAGCGAAGAGAGAAUGUUAAAUCAAGUUCUUUGUAAAAUCUCACACAUCAAGGUGCCUAAACUUGUGAUUGUCCACAGUGACCGCUUCUCUGUGAUUUAAGUGAAUGGAUGAUACUGUGUCAGGGGGAGAUUCAUUGUUCAGCUGUUUUUUCAUGAUGUUGAGCCACAAAAGUCUUACAUUUUUGCACUUUGGAUGGUUGUUUUGAGCCGCUGCAUGUUAAGAAACCAGACCAGGUUACCAGAGCAGUCACCCUGUUAAGCGUAUUUAAAUUUAGCAACCCUGGUUUAACUUAUCAACUGCAGCAACAACUCCUGUAUCCCCACAUGCACCCUAGGACCAGGUUUAGCCCCUUUUAAAGAAGAGCAAUAUAACACUCUCAUGGUGUCCCAGAGGGCAGGAAAGAGGCUUGACAGAAACCCUCCAGAUCACUGGGCCCUCUAAAUUAGCCCUUAUUCCUCCCUCUCUGGUCUCUUACUUAGGUCAGGAGAGACAUGAAGGCCUGUUAUUCUACCCGUAAGAGCCGCAGGCAACGCAGCAAGGACCCAGGAACUGGGUUAAGUCCACACACGGGGGCUCUGGCGCUGUUAUUCUAAAUGUUAUAUUUACCGAGGCCACCAGAGAAUUCCUCUGGGCUCCAGCCAAGAGCCAGCAACCCGGAGAGGCAGAGAGGAGAGCAGCGAGAAGGAGAGAGACAUACUCACCUUUUUUUUAUUUUUUUUUUUAUGUGAUGAUUCACUCCUGUCUUUACUUCUCCUUGUACUGCUCUUCUCCCCCUCCUGUAGGUCACACACACACAGGCUUUUGACCAUUUCAGGCCAGUCACGUGCUUCAGCGGUGGAAGUGCAGUUUGUGAGCACACAACACCACAUGCUGGGGAACGACUGGUGCAGAAAGUAAAUAAAACAAACUGAGAUUUUGUGGCUCAUUUAAUGUUUUUUUUUUUUUUUUUUUACCCCCAAUGUACUUACAGUAACUUUUAACCCUUGCAAUCAUUAACAGACUAUUAUAAGCUCCAAGGGUUUGAAUCAUCAGUGAGGCUUUCACGCUUUUCUUUUUUAUUCUGUUGUGGAAGUCGGGAUUCCUGUGACAUCCCGGCACAAGACAUAAGCUAAUCCUAUUGAGAAUGUACUGUAUGUGUGUAAAGUGACAAUCUGUUCAGCUCUCUGUCAUUCAGUUUGGCUUUUUGUAAUAAUGUAGUGGCUUUAAUGGCUGUUUUUAAUGUGUUUAGAGGGAAAUAAGGCUAACCACAUUUCCUGUAUCGUUAGUGCUGCGUCAUCACAUCACGUGUUUUCCUCUGUAAAGCACAAGGACUCUGCUUUUACUGUUGAAAUACAGAACAUGGUCUAGAAGUUUGUUACUCACCUGUAAGACCUUUGGCAUAAGAUCUUAUAAAUAUAUUUGGACUCACUCAUGAAGACGGAUGUAACUUGUUAUCAUUAUUAAAAUAUGUUUUGUCUGUA